AUGUAUGGCUUAACAGCUGGUUCAAUAAUACCAUUAUCAAUUGUUUAUAUGAUGCGACCUGAAAGUUUAAAAAACCUAUUUGAUUUAAUAUCAUCUUCAUUAUUAAUUGCAUUUAAUUGGUCUGAAGGUGUUGCUCAACGUUUUAAUUUAAGUAGUGAUUUAUUUUUUAAUAAUGAUAUCAAUGAAACAACAUCAAUAAAAGUGUAUAGUUGUUAUACAAUUGAAUAUUGGUAUAAUAUAUUUUCAUGGAUAAUUUAUUUUUCUUUUAUAUUAUCAUUAAUAUUAUUUAUACUAAAUCAACGUUUUAAGAAUUCUGACGAAGAAUUAUUUCAUAAUAAUAAUGAACUCGAAUAUACAAGAAUAGAUUUUGUUUUUUAUUAUUUUUGUAUCUUUAUUCUUGCAAUGACAUCAAUAUUAAUACGAAUUCUCAUGGAACAUUAUCUACUUGGAUAUUUAAAACCAUUUACUAUUGUAUAUCUGUUGUGGUACAUUGUUUCAUUUGCUAUUGUAUGGUUAUGGAAUAGAUAA